UCAUUUAAUUAUUACGAAUAUCUUUCGUGAAAAUAAUGGGUUUUUCUUUCCUCCAUUUUUCCCUUGAUCGCUUUUGACACCUGACAGUUUGUUGUUAUGUCAAACACUUUUCCGUUCAUUUUUCGUAUGGUGUUAUCGUUAUUUUUGGAUGAAAAUGAGUGUUGUAAGGGAAAAACACGAACUGCAAUCGAACAAGAUAAUAGGACCAGUUGAAAACACAAAAGUAAUAACCCCGGACGACGUCUUGCGUCUGAAUAAAAUAACCGAUACGUAUCUUUGCGACCCAGACGCCAACAUCUACGAUAUAGAUUUCACAAGGUUCAAAAUACGGGACCUGGAGAGCGGGGCCAUACUUUUCGAGAUAGCCAAGCCGUUGCCAGAAAACGUCGAGGAAAAUUCGGAGAAGAAUGCGGAGAACGACGAGCCCUUAGACCCAAAUUCUGGUAGAUUCGUCAGGUACCAGUUCACUCCGCAGUUCUUGAAACUGAAGACUGUGGGGGCUACGGUUGAAUUCACUGUUGGUAGCAGGCCUGUCAAUAGGUUCAGGAUGAUCGAGAGGCAUUUCUUCAGGGAUAAGCUGCUCAAGACUUUCGAUUUCGAGUUUGGGUUCUGCAUCCCCUUUUCUACAAAUACUUGCGAGCACAUAUACGAAUUCCCAACUCUUUCACCGGAAUUAGUGAAGGAAAUGAUCGCAGCGCCCUUCGAGACAAGAUCUGAUAGCUUCUACUUUGUAGACGAUCGCCUUAUCAUGCACAACAAAGCUGAUUACGCAUACAAUGGUGGUAUGUCAUCCAACACUUAAAGUUGUCAUUUACACAGGGUUUUUCAACAACUGAACAAUAAUUAACUCAAUUUUCAUACACAAGGAGGGUAAAAAUUCUCUUCUAAAAGCAGGCAUCUUCUCUGAAUCGUCCUCUGGUUUAAAAUCAACUUUUACAUUGUUUCAAUUAGGCUUAAUUGGAUUUUUGUUUAAAUUAUUGUUGGGAUUAGGUGGGAAGAGGGUUUUUUUUUACAAAUAACUGCUUCUUUGAUUCGUCACAUUCAAUUUCAUUUGAAUAUUAUCUGAAAUUUAUCAUUUUAAAAUGGGAUGCCUGCUUGAAACAAAAAUAGAUCUAAGAAGCUUUUUUUAGCUGUUUUCACAAUGUUUCUUCAUGCAUUUUGAGCACAAUAUUAUACACUGUAUGUUGCUUUGAAAAAAAAAACUAUCGAAGCAUACCCAAUAUAUAAACACAAUUAUAUAGAAUAUUAGAGAGGCAUUUAUCCAGUUAGAGUCCUGUUCCUUUGGAAUAAUUUAUGCAAAUAGAUAAUUGCAGUUUUGUUUGAAGAAGAAUUUAAUCAAAUUUCAAAAACUUAGAUAAUAGUUAUUUCUGAUGAAUAUUUAUCGCAAACUUGCCAAAUAUUUCGAAUCUACAUUCCUACUGAAAGUGAACCUUUACCGAAAUAUCUAAAUUAUGGGGUAUCUUACCUGUUCUUUAUGGCUUUGGUGAAAGAAUUUUAAUUAUUUCAAAUCUAGAAAUAUAUUGAGAGAAGGUAAGAUGUCCCAUAAUUUCUACCUCUGUCCAAAUAAUAUUGAAUCCUUGUUCGCAAGGAAAAUAUGUCGAGUAAAUCGUCAUUUCAGAGUUUUGUGGCAAAUCUAUUGUGCAUGGUGAUCAAUAUUGAACAUUGUUUAUUUUUUUUAGGUUUUUACUGCGGAUUCAUUUUUUACAAAGGAUAAAGUAUUUAUAAAAUAAUUAUUAUUAUACUAAAUAUAUAUGUAUGAAACUGUAUUGUUCACUGCAAGGGUUCUGAUUGUUGAAUAUUCUUCAAAGAAGAGAAUUAUUUGAUGUUUAUCGAUGGAAAAUCGAAUAAUAGAUAUGAUUCUUGCAAAUUUACAGGAAACUCUCCUGUUGAUGCAAUACUUGUUCGUUUGGCUGAGUUCCGUUCAACAAAAAUACUAAAAUGUGAUUGCCUAACUUGUCGGGCAUUUUAAACGAAUUGCCUUUGUUCGACUGAUAAACAAUAUGAGUUGAAAAUAUUUAUUAUUAUACAGAAGAAUGUUUUUUUGAAAAUGCUGCUCUGGUCUUCUCAUUUGAAUGCAUUAUCGUCUUUGUUCAAACUUCAAUUUGAAUUUCCGGGGUUGUAAAUUUUGUUCUCGGGGGACAGAGCAUGCGACUGCAUUUCUAGUCUUUGCGCACUGAUUUUUUUUUUGUUAUUUUCCAAAUAGUGUUAGGAUUUGUGAUAUCUGUGUUCUCAUGUGUGGAAGUUAUUAAAUAAAUGCAUUUAGUA